UAAGUCAGAAAGCACUCAGAUUACCUCGGCACUCCGAGCUAGCAAGUUCUCUCUGCUAUAUUACUGUAAAAACUAAACACUUAGUUUUUUAUUUUUGUUAUCUUUUACGACAACUUGUCAUUGAGUAUUUUUCGACUUGUCGAAAACGGAGAUUGUGAUAAGAGUGACUAGUGAUAAUCAACACGUUUGAUUUUUAAAAUAUUUUUUUGAACUCUAAUUAAACUGUCAAUUAAUUAUUCAAAAAUGACACCACACACUACCGCUUACGCUGUUGCCGGUGGUAUGGAGUACGAAGAGCCGGUAUCAAGAACUUAUCAGUACCGCAAAGUGAUGAAGCCAAUGCUGGAGAGAAAGCGACGGGCAAGAAUCAAUCGCUGCCUCGACGAACUCAAGGAUCUGAUGGUGAACGCGCUCCAAGCUGAGGGUGAAAAUGUCGCGAAACUUGAGAAAGCCGACAUUCUUGAGCUGACAGUUCGUCAUCUUCAUACACUGAGAGCCGCCAAGAGAUUGACACUGACACCUGAAAACACUUACGCUGAUAAAUUUCGCGAGGGAUUUACCCAAUGUGCACAAGAAGUAUCAACAUUUUUGCAAACAACAGUGACCAGUGUACACCCAGUGGCUGGUGCUCAGCUGAUACGUCAUCUCGGUGGUUGUCUUCGUCGAUUGGAGGGACCUGUCAAUCCCAACGUCGUUCAUCAUCAACCAUCUUCAGCAACUCUACCAUCAUCUCAACAACAUCCUGCUGCUGUUCCUGCAAACACAACAACUGUCAUCACCAAGGUACCACAGAACGUCUACACUCCACCUCAGAGUCCAAUGAGCGUGGCCAGUUCCUCCGGUGAUUCAAGUGAGUCUACAUCUGUCUGGCGUCCUUGGUGAAAAUCUAAUUAUCAUUCACUGAGCUAAUACCAAGGAUCGAUUGCGACUGGAUACGUCGCUGGUACCUAUAAGGCUGAUGGGCUAAGCUGGAUAAGCUAACUGCAACCCCCGGAUUCAACUGCUGCUGAUCCGGAUCAAGGAGAUAUAGAAAAAAUUAUCUAGAUUUAAAAAAAAAAAUAUUAUUUUUAAUUAUUAAGCGACAAAUCAACGUCUUCCAAUUCUGUUAUUAAUUAUUUCUCUAAAUCGUGAUUUUUCAUUUUAUCAUUAAUUUAUAAAAUUUUUUUUGUCAUUUAACUUUUCAUUUAAUUUGACUAUUAAUUAUCAUUUUUAAAAUACUAUAAUAUUGUAUGGGUGAUGAGCUUUAAGUAAUGUCUGUGAUAGGGUUUUUUGUACCUGAGAUAACUAUUUUCUCAUAUAAAAUAAUUAUUAAAUAUAUAGAAGUUAACUUGUUAUGUUUAAGAAGCUUUUUAGCCUUACCACAUUUAUAUGUUAAUUUG